CAACAACACGUCUCUCUAGCGAGCCAUGGCGGCACCAGUGGAGAAGACACCGCCGGUGGCGUUGAUUAAUCCUCUCGUACCGCUCCCGAAGCCUCUCCUGGCGUAUCUCCGCUCAGGGAAAUACUCUGACGUAACUAUACGCUGUGGUGAGAAGACGUGGAAUGCCCACAAGGUGGUAAUAUGCUCGCAAUGCAAGUUUUUCGAUAAUGCUUGCAGCGGAGGCUUCCAGGAAGAAACUACCAACGUUAUCAACCUUGACUAUGACCACCCUGAUGCCGUGGAUGCAAUGCUGCAAUGGUGCUACUGGGGCGAAUACAACUACACGAAGCACGACAAUGAAACCGCCAAGGAGUACCUAAUCCGCCUUCUUCAAGAUAUACGGAUUUAUAUCACUGCUGAGAAGUACGGUCUUGACAGAUUAAAGGCCUUGGCUCUCGAGAUGCUUACUACUUAUGCCGACGAGUAUCACGUUACCAACGAAGGAGAUGCCACAAAAUUUACUGAAAUUAUCUCUCUGAUCUACACCGAUCUUCCGGCUUCCGAUCCACUGCGUCCCUUCAUCUUGAAGCUUGCGUUGAAGAGCUUCAACAAGCUCCUCGAACAUGGCGUUUUCGAAGAAUUCCUUAAGGACGGCGGCGACUUUGGUGUAGACAUGAUGCGACAGAUGGCGCGUGGCAUAGAGGAGCCCGAACCUGGCGUCGACUCCGACUCCGAUUGCGAUUGGAAUCCUGAUUUGAGCGAAGAUUCUGACAAUGAAGAAGAAUGAUGAGCGGGCAAGUACGGGAUGAGAAUGAACUCCACGUCAACCAAGCUAGCAUGAGCUUUGGGUCUUCACUGGUCUUCUGGACAUGCUUAUCGAGCUUUGCCGAUAUGCUUUACUUGAAACAACUCUGUACUGCGGUGGAAAUUACGAUUCUUUUCCUUUCAAGUACAAUUAGUUUCUGUAAUCAAUUUCUUACUUCCACUGCUAGUCAGUCUUUUGCUUGAUUUCGUCUUUCUUCCUGGCUCAAGUUAGCAACACUGUCUUCCGAUGAGCAGAAAGUCGGUGCUAGACCGGUCU